CGAGGAUCGACUUGCAACUUGCACCCUGCCCGAUCGCCAGAGUCAACGGAAAUGGCAUCCGAACAAAAGGACAAAUGGAUCGCCAGAUCCACCGUGUCAGAUUCUGACAGUUGGAACGACUGGGAAGUAUGAAUACCAUAUAUAGAGGACAAGCUAGUUUUGAGAAGCAAGGUGAUCUACUGAAUCUACAUCGACGCACAAUUUCCUUUCAAUCCUUCAACUACUAUAUUGCGGUUAGAGUAUCAAUAUCGGCUUCGCUCAAGCACAGCAAUGCCCCGAUCCCCUAAGAAGAAAGCCGAAUCAGACGGCGACACCAAGCCUGAUGUCAAACCCUACGCCAAGUCUACCUCUGCCUCCGGCUCCAGUCCUAAGAAGGCUUCUCGAGGAUGGACGAAAGAGGAAAAGGAAGUCAUCCUGCUCUCCGUGAUCGAAUCGGCUCAAGUGGACUGGAACGUCAUCGCAAGUCGAUUGGAAGGGAGGACCGCCAUGCAGGCAAAGGAUCAGUGGCGACAGGUGCUCUUACCCGCAAUCAAGAAGAACGACGCCAUCUUCGGAGUCAGGGGAGGGUAAAGCGGAUCGAGCGUUGCCUUUCGCGGAACACGGCAGGCGAUAGAGACCGACGCUAGUCGCUAGUGGAACCGGAUGGAUAUGUACCGACA